AUGUCCCCAACUCCGCUGGAUCGGUGUGCUUCUGCUCUGAGUCAGGUUCCGGAGGUGGAGAUGACCCAAAGGAGAUCUGGCCGGGAGGAGACCGAAUUUCCUAUGUAUACGGUCCUGCUGAAGGAAGUACUCCAAAUGGCAGUGCUUAUGUCCUUUGAGCAGAUGCGUGAAAGCAACAGCCUGACGGUGUUUGAUGAGAAGCUGGGCAAGGCCAUAUUUGUUUCUCACCAAUGGGUUGGCAACUCCCAUCCCGACCCGAAUCACGCGCAGUGGAGAGUUUUCCAGGAGGCCAUGCAGAACAUCUUGUUAGGCGUCACCCGAGUGAGUCUUCCAAUCUCGGCUGAGCUUGCGUUCGGACGCCUGCAUUGUCCAUCAGCUGCAGACUUCAAUGCAGAUUCACUCUAUGUCUGGUAUGAUUACCUUUGCUGCCCACAAAAGCUGUCAUUGCACGCUGCCAGCGAUCGAGCUUGCGCAAUCCGCAGCAUACCUACAUAUGUUGCGAGAUGUGAGUACUUUAUCAUACUCUGUCCCAUUGUGGAGCAUGUUGACAAACGGAGAACACUGAACCUGGCAACUUGGGCUGAGCGUGGCUGGUGCCGUACUGAGCGACUUGCACGGGAGUUGUCUGCACGGAAAGUCGGCUACACGAUUGUGAUUGAGAGCGCGACGCAGCAGACGUUGAGCCUGGAUAUUCUGAGGCUGCUAGAUGCCCCUGGUCUUGGCGAAUGGAGUCAAGAGUCGGACAAGGCCAUUGUUGCCAGCGCGUUGGUUCAGAUGGUUUGGAACAAAUUGCUGUACUUGCUCGAGCAGGGAGACCUGCAUGGCUACAGAUUCUUGUUGAAUCGACAAGGACCUUGCUGCUUCCGGGGCCUCGACAUGGAUCCAGUAGAUGGAUUGGUUCCGGGCUUCCAUACGGAGGUCGAUCCUUUCCAGAGACCAGGGGCCUUUUCCCUAGCAAGGUUCCUUCAUCAGAACGGCUUUAGCCAUCCGCUUCAGCGUGACUCAGCGGGUUGGUCGCCGCUCUGCUUUGCAGCGAUGAAAGGCAGCCCUGCCCUUGUCCAGGAAUUGCUGGAUAGCAAGGCGAGCCCGAAUGAUCGCCUACAAAAGCCGGAGGGCUCUUUGUUCCCGUCGCGCGUGGGUGUACUUUCUGUGGCGGCCCGUUUCCACAACAACGAGGCCAUGGAGAUGCUUUUGAAAGCUCGGGCAUCGCUGCACAGCGUGGACAUGAUCAAUGCUGCUGCUGUGCACUGGGCAAGUCUGGCAAAUAAUGCUGUUGGCCUUCGCCUUCUGCUGAAAGCCCGUGCGGAUCUCACAAAGCGAAACUUUGUUGGAAUGAACGUUUUUGAAGUUGCAUGUUCGAAUGGAGCCGUGGAUACAAUGGCGGAAGUGCUUGCUGAAGUCCCUUCAACCAACCUCCGCCUCGGCCUCCACUAUGCACUGAUGUUUUAUGGUGCCUAUGAAGACCCCAUACGAUAUCUGAUCCGGGCCGGGGCCAACUUGAAUGAGCCCUUCCAAAUUCACAUCCAGCAGCCAGCCUGGUGGAUUUUGCUUCAUCUUGCCAGCGCGAGGCACAGGCUCAGCCCUUCAAGUUGGACGACGCUUGCGUACCACCACGCUGGCGCCACGCCUUUGAUGUUCAGUGUUCUGACUGGUAAUUACGAGGCUGCACUGCUGCUCAUGUCUGCCGGGGCGCGACUGGACAUCCAAAACUCCCGCAGGAAGACGGCCGCGGAUUUGGCUCGCACGGUUUGCGCACCAGCUUCGUUGGUCCAGGCCUUGCAGCACCCGAGGCCUCCCGGUCCUGUCGAAGACACGCCGGAGGAUUGCUUCUUCAUUUGA